ACGUAAACCCGUUUUCGUGCCUUAUGCAUACAUUUUUGUAAGUGUGACUUUCAUUGACGUCUAAUGUUAUAUGUACACACUUUAUGUAAUCAAGGCAAUGCCUUUGCAGGGAACACAACAACUUCAGCCUUGUCUGACGAAACAUCUAGCAUUGACAACAACAUUAUAUUACUGAUCAGUGUGAUUGGUGGAGCAGUAGCGAUAGUGUCCUUUACACUGUUUGUAUUCUUAGCAACAAGAUAUUUUACUUCUCACGCCACAGUUGAACAAAAGAAAGAUAAUACAUGUACAACACAUGGAAUGGUGAAGUCAGAAUCGUACACAUAUUGUGGCCAUCAAAAUAUUGCAUUCUCAGAAAUAAAAAAUGGCGAAGUUCAUAACGUGCCAUCAUCUAGUUAUUUCAUAAUCGAUCAGCUUGAAACCGGAGCAUUCCGAACAGUCAAUGAACCAAUCAACAAACGCGAUAUACCCCAUGUGACACCAGCUGUUUAUUUCACCCUUGAUCCGGCAGAAACUGGACACGAUAGAAGCAAUCAAACCACAGCUACUGCAAAUAACUAUGAAUUAGCAUCGCCAAUAUGUAAUGACGCCAUAGAUGAUGAUCCGUAUAUUGAUACUGUGGAUGAUAUUUAUGAUCAUGCGCAUCGCAGCAAACAUAAGAGUAUCACCUCUGACGAUGUGUACGACCAUUCAGUUGAUGACACCUAUGACGUAGCUGAUCACAACAGUAAAAUAGAAAACGAACAAACAAUACCUUAUAUAGUAGAGCAUACAUAUGAAAACCUGUGAAACAGAAACAUUAUGUCUUUGAAAACUCACAUUAUAGAAUAAUGUGAAUUAUAGUGUACUUGUUGA